AUGCCAAACGUCGAUUAUGAUUCAGAUGAAGAUCAACCAACAUUAUCGAAAAAAGAAUUGCAAGAACUGAAGUGGAAGCGGCAGAAAAACAAAAAGAAGAAAGAAUCUAAAAAACGGAUAAAGGCGACAAAAACCGAGGAAAAAGAACCAGAAUUGGAGAAUGGAAAUAAGGAAGUGAAACAAGAAGAAGAUUCUGGUGUGGAAAUUGAAUAUGUUGGAGAAACACCUGAAUUGGAUCAAGAAAAUCCUAACUACAAAUAUUUUGCUUCAGUGUUUGAUAAUUUCAAGGUUAGUUUACGUCAUAGAAUAUCACAAUUAAUCAAGGGAAAUUACAGAUUUCAACAGAUGGAGAUGAUCAACAGAAUUUCCAUCCAGUUUCGAGAGGCGAAAAGAAGGAUGAAUUUUUAGGAAAAGUAGGACAGGCUGAAAAAAUAUUGCAAGAGGAAAUGGAAGAAAGAGCAAAAGAAAAUACCGAUGAAAAGUUAUCAAGAAGGAAAUUAAGAAUUUCACUGCAGCCAAGUAUUGCAAAACUGAAAGAGGUAUUUACACAUUCACAAAAAUAUAAUUUCAGUUUUAUAUUUUCAGACAACCGGUCGAGCAGAUGCUGUUGAAUGGGCUGAUGUUACAUCUCGUGAUCCUUUCCUUCUUGUUGCUCUCAAAUCUUAUCGUAAUACAGUUCCAGUUCCUCGACAUUGGAAUGCAAAAAGAAAAUAUUUGGCUGGUAAAAGAGGUUUCGAAAGACCACCAUUUGAAUUACCAGAUUUCAUCAAAAGAACAGGAAUUCAAGAUAUGCGAGAGGCUCUGUUAGAAAAAGAAGAAAAUCAAUCACUAAAAUCAAAAAUGAGAGAAAGAACUCGUCCAAAGUUGGGAAAAAUUGAUAUCGAUUAUCAAAAACUUCACGACGCCUUUUUCAAAUGGCAAACAAAACCAUUGAUGACAAAAAUGGGUGAAUUAUAUUAUGAGGGAAAAGAAAUGGAAGCAAUGAUGAGAGAUAAAAAACCAGGUGAAAUGUCGGAUGAACUUCGAAUUGCAUUAGGAAUGCCAAUUGGUUCAAAUGCUUAUAAAUUCCCACCUCCAUGGCUAAUUGCAAUGCAAAGAUAUGGACCACCUCCAAGUUAUCCAAAUAUAAAAAUUCCUGGAUUGAAUGCACCAAUUCCAGAAGGAUGUGCUUUUGGUUAUCACGCUGGAGGAUGGGGAAAACCACCAGUUGAUGAAUAUGGACAACCAAUUCAUGGAGAUGUGUUCGGAUUACAAGCACCGGCUUUUGAACCAGAAGAUGAAUCACAAAUUGAAAGAAGAUAUUGGGGUGAAAUUGGAUCGGAUGAAAGUUCGGAUGAAGAAUCGGAAAAUGAGGAAGAUGAUGAUGAUUUGGAUGGAGAAAUUGAAGGAACUGAUGGAUUUGAAACUCCAGCUGGCGGACAAGAAGGAUUGGUAACACCAUCUGGAACUACAACUGGUUUAACUGGAUUAGAAACACCAGAUACAAUUGAAUUGAGAAAAGGAAAAAGAACGGAAGAAAGCACAUUACAUGGAAGUGAUACACCAGCUGCUGCUUAUCAUAUUAUUCCAGAGAAAAAGAAUGAUCGAAUUGGAAGUCAAAUGAUGGCAUCAACACAUACUUAUGAUUUAUCAGUUAGUUUAUUUUCUCCCGUUAAUUUGAAAUUUAUUUUUUUUUCAGAAACGUGUCGGUGUUCGCGAUGAUGGAGUUGAGAUUUCAUUGGAUCCUGAUGCAAUUGAUAUGGAUGAAAAAGGUUUGGCUAAAAGAUAUGAGGAACAAUUGAGAAAACAAAAUACACGAGAUGAUGAUGAAGAUAAAGAAGAUUUGAGUGAUAUGAUAGCCGAACAUUCUGCUAAACAAAAUGUGAGGAAAACUUUAUAAAUAAAUAAAAAUUAUUGAAAAUUUAAUUUCAGAGAAAACGGAAAGCUCAAGAAGACAAAAAGAAUAAAUCCUCAUCAUCUUCAUCGUCUUCGUCUUCCAAAAAACACAAAGACUUCAAAUUUUGA